CUCUAUAUAACCUCCCAGACCCGCCUCCUCCUCACCCUUCCCCUUCAUCCACAGUUUCUUUGGGACUAGAGAGAGUUUUAAUAUACAAACUCUUCCAAAAAUCCAAUUUUUUCGAAGCAAGAAGAUUGUGCAUAAAUUUUUCGAAGACCAUGUCACAGCAAGAGGAGUUGCCGAAGAACAGCAGCGGGCUGUCCCCCAUGGCGACCACCGAGAUCAUGGUGGCCGCGGUGAUAGUCAUCUUCAUGGCCUUCCUCUUCGUCUUCUUCUUCUACCUCCGCGCCAAGCGCUACUGGGGCGCCAACCCCACCCUCGGCCGCUCCCGCCUUGCCUUCGCUGAUGAAGCUGCCGUACCCCAGCGGGCUCUGGAUCUUGCCACGGUCAAGGCCCUGCCUUCCUUGGUGUUCCGGCCGGAGGAAUUCAAGGAGGGCCUCGAGUGCGCCGUCUGCCUCUCGGAGCUGUCGGAGGGUGACGAAGCCCGGUUUCUGCCCAAUUGCAAGCAUGGCUUCCAUUUGGAGUGCAUCGAUAUGUGGCUGCACUCUCACUCCACCUGCCCGCUCUGCCGCUGCCCGCUGGUCGCCGAGCUGUCGUCGGAGAAUGCUGAUUCUGCUGUUGAAUUGGCGGAAGUUUCUCCUGUGGAGGCGGCGUUGGCGGCUGGACGGUCGCCGGAGCCGCCAAUUUUCCCGACGAAUGUGCUGUUUCCGGGAUUCCAGGAUCAAGUCAAUACUGGAGGUUCGGCAACGCCAGCAGCAGCUGUGGCGGCGGUCUCGUGUGGAGAGAGUUCGAGUUGUGUGGCCUCUUCGUCAGGGAAGCCUGAGGGGGUGCUGGUGAUUGAGAUACCAAGACAAGCGAUGGAGGGAUACCAAUCGCCGCUUUCGCCACUGCCAUCAAGUAGGCUACCCUUGGAUGAAAUCAAGUCUCCGGCAUCGGCGAGGUUGAGGUCACUGAGAUGGCUGUUGAGCCGGGGGAAUUGGGGGAUUGGUUCUUCCUGCAGCCCCAGAGGAAGUGAUAUGGAGCAGGGAGUAGCAGGUCUUGGAGUUACAGUAGAUGGUGAUCUUCAGAUUCCGAAAACAUCAACGAGUUCAUAAACAGGUUUCAUGAAUUGUUUUUGGCAAUCGAGAAUUAUUGGUGUGGAACAAAAUCUGGAGUAACAAAAUAUUAGUAGCAGCUUGAAAAGUUAUGGAUUUCGGUUCUUGAGAUGCAGUGGUCGAUUAAGAAGUAGUAGAGAAAAUUUUGUUCUCUUCUUGCUUGACAAGAUGAAGAAGAUUUAGCCGCUCGUUUGCCAAAGAAUUUGUACAGAUAGGAAUUAGUUUUCAUAGAUCCAAUUCAGAAAUCCAUCUCAUGGUCCAUAGAUAGUCAGUCACUGUUGAGAGUGUAUAGUGUAUGAUGCGUCUAAAAGAAUUCAGGUCUUUAAGGUGUGCUUUUGGAGUUUGGGAGAAAAAGUAUUUUCUUUGAUGUAUCUUGGAUAUUCAAAUCAAUUGAUUUAAUUCUGUCGUUACAGAGUCUUA